UGUUCAGAAAAAUAUUGUAAUCAUUUGGAAAGAGUAACAAUAAAUGAUAAGAAUUCUCGAGAAAUUGAUGAUUACGAUUGCGAGAAGAAGAUUAAGAAAAUUGAUAAUUCUUAAUAUCUAAUGGAUUGUGAGAUGAAGAUAAGAAGAUGGAUGAUAAAAGAAAAGAGAAAGUAGAAAACAAUGAAAAUCAAAGUAUCUAAAAAAGGAAAUGAUUCAAUAUAACGGUUAAUAGUUUCGAAGAGACUUUUCGAUUACCAUGGGAACCGAAAAGAGCAAAACAUUGGACCAACCGAAAGAAAGAGUUGAUUUUGAUUCUCUUUCAUAAACUAACCUUUUUUCCAUCAAGUUACACAAUUAAAGUGAAAGGUUAUUCCAAGAAUUAAUUGUAACUCUAAUUGUAACAAUCUAACCGAAAAAAGAUCCAACAGUAAAUCAACUGGACCCACGAAAAAGACAAACUUAUUUUCUCAAUUUUAAAUUGUUCCUUCAAUAUUUUUCUCUGUAAUUUUAAUCAUCUAUUUGUGUGUUGAUUAACUGAUUACCUGGUUAAUUGUUACGAAAUGUGUGAUCAAUUUUGUUAUGUGAUUAUGUUAUCAAUGUUUAUGUUUUUCUUAUGGUGAAAGGUUAACAUUGGCAACAUGGUUAAAGUUAAUCCUCCCUAUGGUUUAUUUUGAUUGUUAAACAAAUUAAGCCGAUUGGUGAUGAUUUGAUUUCUGUUAAUCCACUGGAUUUAUUGAUAUUUAUCAUUAGAUAAUUUUGUGUCAUAAUUUGUUUCCCUCUCAUCAUCUCCAUCCUCAUCAUCUUUUGCUGUCAAUCGUCGUGGUGGUAAAACAAUGACUGCCAUUGACAAUUAUCCUGAUUCUUCAUCAGAUAAAGAUCAUCAGGUUAAAUCAUCACCCACUGAAAGUGUCACUGAAUCGUCCCCUGAUCUACCCAUGGAUCUGAAAUCUCCAGGAUCAGCCAAUGAAUUUGACAAUAUCAAUGUUGUUGUCCGUGUUCGCCCUAUUCAAGGUAAUCGGAUUACGGAAAAAAAUCGCGACACUUCAUUGUUUCCCGCCGCGGGGCAAAUUCAGGUAAAUGAUCCAAUUUCGAAUACAACUCGAUCGUUCACCUUUAACGUUGUCUUCGAACCCGAAGCGACUCAAGAAGAGAUUUUUGAACAUUCGGGAGUUAAACGAUUGAUCGAUAUGGCAUUAGAAGGAUUCGCCUGUACAAUAUUUGCCUAUGGACAAACUGGUUCAGGAAAAACUUUUACUCUCUGUGGUAAUUAUUAUGAGGAUUUUAAUGAUGAGAUAAAAAAAUGCGGAGAGAAAAAAAUUCUUGGGAUUAUCCAAUUAAGCUUCGCUUAUCUAUUCGAGCAGAUUAAGUUGAAAAAAGAUCGAGGAGUUUAUUAUGUCGUAACUGCUUCUUACCUGGAAGUUUACAAUGAACAGGUUCUAGAUUUAUUAAACCCUUCGACGAAAAGUUUGAAUGUCCGAUGGUCAAAGGAUAGAGGAUUUUAUGCAGAAAAUUUAUUUAAAGUUGAAUGUGAAGAUAUCGGUGAUCUGGAAGGUGUUUUAGAAGAAGGGACCAAAAAUCGUCAGGUUAGGUCACAUAUGAUGAACGAAAAAUCGAGUCGAAGCCAUUCCUUGUUGACCAUUUCUUUGGCCUCCGAAACUCAAGAUCCCGAAGACCCUCAGGGUUACAUCCGUCGAGAAGGUCGACUUUGUCUGGUUGAUCUAGCGGGUUCUGAGAAAACGAAACGGACCCAAAGUAGGGGGGACACACUGGUCGAAGCAAAUAACAUCAAUAGGUCACUUUUGGUCCGUAAUUGUAUCUCGGCCUUAGCAUCACCUAAACGCCGAGCUGGACACAUACCUUACAGGGAUAGUACAUUAACUAAAUUACUGGCUGAUAGUUUGUCUGGAAGUGGGAUGACAUUAAUGGUGGCUUGUGUUUCCUCAUCACCCGAAGACUCCUCGGAAACAAUUAACACCCUUCGAUACGCAGCUCGAGCUAAAAAGGUGAAAACUAAUCCGAUUGUCCGAAUGGAUCCUCGAGAAUUGUUGAUAUUAAGCUUGAAACGAGAAGUGCGACUCUUGAGGAUGGAAAAUAUUUACCUGAGGCAACAGUUAAAUAUUGGAAGUGGAUUCAUCCUUCCCUCUAAUGGUGAUAGACCAACUUCAAAUGAUUCAAUUAAUUCACAGGUUGGUGAGGUGAUAAUUAAUCAAAUCAAUGGAGCUAAACCACCGAGUAAUCAAAUUGUCAAUGAUGAAAUUAUUAAUUGUGAUGGUAAUCAUAUUGUUACUGAUUCAGGUAAAUUGGUGAUUAAGGACAAUCUAUUACACAAAUAUAUGCAACAAAAUGAAGGAUUGAGAGCUGAAAAUGCUCAAUUACAUCAACAAAGGGAGAGAUUAAUUCAUGAUCAUGAAUUAGUUUGUCGUGAAAAUGAUAGAUUAAGGAAAAGAUUAUCAAUUCCAAGUCAAAAUGGUGAUCAAUUAAUUACAAUUAACGGUGAAUCGAAUGGUAAUAAUGAUAAUUUCCAAGAUAAUGGAAUAAUAAUUAAUGGUGAUGACGAUGAAACCAUCAAUGAGCAACAACAACAAGGAGGUGAAAAUGAAGAUGAAUAUAAUAACAAUCAUAAUACCAACGGAUUAACAAAUGGAUUAGCUAAUAAAGGGAUUAACAAAAAGAACAGCAAUAAUUUAAGACGAGAAGAGGAAAGAAGACCUUCACUGGUUGCGAUCAAUGGUAAUUCCGAGGAAAGGACAAUUAGUAAUAGAUUUAAAUUCAAUGAUAGAUCAGGAAAUGGUAAACUAAUCAACGGAAUAAACAAUGAUAACGGUAAUAAUCAUAAUCUAGUAAAAGGAAAUGUUAAUGAGAAACAAUCUAAUGAGUUUGGCCUGGAGGUGAGAGGCACUUCGGCAGCGACCAAGACGAGGUUCAGGAGGAAGUGAAAUCAAAAUGGAUCACCUUUUAUACUCAUCUUUUUACCUGUAAUUGAAAAGGAGAUGAACAGAUAAUUAUGACAAUCAGUCUGAAUGAUAAAAAAAGGGUUCAAGAUGAGAAAGUAAAUGUGGCAAAAGUGAAUGAGUGUAAGAGUAACGGAAGAUGAUAAGGAACUGGUUCCAUGAUAAUGAUGAUGAUGGCAAAGAUGCUUAAGGAAGUGGAGAUGACACAGUAAAAGAAAGAGUGGAAGAGAGAGAGAGAGAGAGAAGAUCAAAAGGAAAAGGAUUUUGUUAUCAUCUAAUUGGGAGAAAGUGGAUUUAGAUUAAAUUGUCAAUCGUUGAGAUGAUUAAAUUUUCGAUUGUUACUCAUUGUGUAUUCAUUUCCAAUCAUUGAACAUUUUUUUUUGUAAUCAAUAGUUUCAUUUGAUUCUUGUCUCAUUGUAAAUAAAAUCAUAUUCAUUUGAAUUUCAUGUCAAGAAACUUUAUCAUCAGUUGAUUUUUG